AUGACAGGAGCACUUGUUCGUGGUGCCUUGAAGAGGAACCACAACUAUCGCAGAAAUGGCCUGAAGUCCUAUGUUCGCGCUAUCCAGAAAUGGAACAUAGGCCCUACAGUCGACGGGCCGUACUGUAGGGUCAACCAAGUCCAGCAGCGGGGCGUGCAAGCUAUUUUGAGAAAGUUCGGGAUAAAAUACAGCGGCGGCCGCGCUCGUGUCAAGGGACGCGUUCUGGCAAAGAAAGAUGCCAGUGGUCAGACUGGUAACGUUCCCGCAGAGGAUGUCGAGAACAAUGCAGAGUAUCUGGCUACGGUCGGCAUCGGCACUCCAACUCAGAAUCUUGCCCUCGACUUCGACACUGGCUCUGCAGAUCUCUGGGUCUGGAGCACGGAGCUGCCUGCGUCUAUCCAAAACCAGACUUCUGGCAAUAAGCACACCAUUUUCGACUCUUCCAAAAGCUCAACAUUCAAGAAGAGCUCUCGUUCGACCUGGCAGAUUCAGUAUGGAGAUGGAUCCACAGCAUCUGGUGGUGUUGGCACGGAUAAUGUCAAUGCUGGUGGACUCGUGGUCGAGAAGCAGGCUAUUGAACUUGCAAAGACUUUGAGCACACAGUUCGUUCAAGGUCCAGGAGAUGGACUUCUUGGGCUAGCCUUCGGUAGCAUCAACACUGUGCAACCCACACCUGUCAACACGCUUGUUGAAAACAUGAUUGCGCAACAAGACAUUGCGAAAAACACCGAGCUUUUCACAGCUUACCUCGGAAGUACACCACCAGCAACCAGCGCAACUUCAGGAUCAUCGUCCUCGAGCAGCGACGAUGCGGAGAGCUUCUACACCUUUGGUUACAUCGAUCAGGACGCUACCAACGGCCAGACUCCUUCCUACACUGCUGUUGACUCCUCACAAGGUUUCUGGAUGUUCGAUUCCACAUCAGCCAAGGUUGGCGACAGGACUGUGACUAGAACUGGGAACACAGCCAUUGCUGACACAGGCACAACUCUUGCUCUAGUCGGAGACGAUCUCUGCGAAGCCGUCUACGGUGCUAUCAGCGGUGCCAAGCAGAGCUCGCAGCAACAAGGCUGGGUCUUUCCGACGAGCACUGAUCUGAGCAGCCUCCCCAAGGUCCAGUUCGCCGUUGGUGACACUUUGUUCACUGUCAAUCCAGAAGAGCUACCUUUUCAAGAUCUCGGCGAUGGAACGUACUAUGGAGGUAUUCAAUCACGUGGUGACCAGAAUUUUGACAUCUUUGGCGACGUCUUCCUUCGUUCUGUCUAUGCCAUCUUUGAUCAGGGCAACAAGCGAUUUGGAUGUACACAGAGAUCAUCGACACUGACGAGCUCGAACACUACAGCGGCCGCGCCAACGCGGAAUGAGCUCUAA